AUGAACACGUCGUGGGCAGUUCCGCCGCCUCCAGGAACGCAAGGGCAGCCAUAUGGGUAUCAAAGUAAGUCGCAGAGCCACAUCGCCUUCAAACUACACAAGACUUCCAGAGCAGUACCUGAUAUGUCUACAGACCCGCCAGCAUAUCACCCUGUCCAAGUACGGCAGUCCUUUAGCCAGCCGGCCCUUCACUAUCCCCCAAUGGUACAGCAACCCCCUCAAGCUACGGACCAAGCCGCCGAAGCAGGUGAAAAGAAGAAAAUAGACUGGCCAGUUCCUGUUCGCAACUAUGUGCAGAGAUCCUUUGAGCCCGGGCGUAUGGAUCCGGAUGUGCCAAGAGCCGAGAUGGAGGCCAAAUUAAAAGAAACCAUUUCCACUGCCACCGAGAAGAAUGUUCUUUACACCCUUGACUGGGACAAAUUACCCCUUCCUCAAGAAAUGAUUCGCCAUGAUCGGAGGAAGGCCGCUGGAGUCGCUCAAGAAGCGUGGCGGCAGCAAUCUGCGGCUGGGAAGAGUUUUGUCGAUACUUCGACAUCUAAAAAGAGAAAAUCGCAAGAGCUUGUUGGAGAUAAUGAGGACUCCCUUCCACCAUGGCGUGCAACUAACCCUCGCAAUGGAUUCGAAGAUCGUGUCACAUAUCCUGCGGAACGCUUCGACAAGCGACAACAACCCAUCCAAGACGAGAAUCUCAAAGGUACAAGUAAGUUUCACAAAAACCUCGAGAAACGACAGCGCCGCUUUGAUGGCGGAUACAAAUCCUCGUACAAAUCUCCAUCGCCUGAGCCCGUGUCAGGCCCUGUCAUCGGAACGUGUCAAAUCCUUGAAAAGCAAUACUUUCGCCUCACCUCCGCCCCCAUCCCAUCCCAAGUCCGCCCCGAAAGCAUACUGAGACAAACCCUUGAUCUUUUAAAGAAGAAGUGGAAGAAGGAAGGCAACUACUCUUACAUUUGCGAUCAGUUCAAAUCUAUGCGCCAAGACCUUACAGUCCAACGCAUCAAAAAUGCUUUCACUGUCACUGUUUACGAGAUCCACGCUCGGAUCGCUCUAGAGAAAGGCGAUCUUGGUGAGUAUAAUCAAUGCCAAACCCAGCUACGAGCCCUCUAUACACAAAACCUGGGAGGGAACCCAGUGGAAUUCAAGGCGUAUCGUAUCUUGUAUUUCAUUCAUACAUCUAACCGCACUGCGUUGAAUGACGUUUUGGCGGAUCUAACCACAGCAGAAAAGCAAGAGAAGGCGAUUAAGCAUGCGCUCGAUGUUCGUUCAGCAUUAGCCUUGGGCAACUACCACAGAUUUUUCAGGCUUUACCUCGAAACCCCCAACAUGGGCGCCUACCUCAUGGAUAUGUUCGUUGUCAGAGAACGUUUAGCAGCCAUGUCAAACAUUUGUAGAGCAUUCAAACCAGAUGUACCAUUAAGAUUUGUCACCGAGGAACUUGGAUUCGAAUCAGACAGCGAUGCCGCGCAGUUCAUCUGCGACUAUAAUGGUCAAGCUCUACUUGAGGAGAAGGAAGGGAACAUGCGAUUUCUCUCCGGCAAAGCAGGCCAAAUUUUCGAAGUUGCAAAGAGCGAAGCUUUCCGGAAAGUCGAUAUUAAGGGCCAAAUCUAA